UAUUUGUGUCAUCAUGGGUUCAGUGCUACCUGCAGAUGCUUUGGUUCUGAAGGCUGGAUUUAAGCAGCAGACUCUGGCCUUGUCCGACAUCAUCACAUCGGACAUCCUGCACAGUUUCCUGUACGGCCGCUGGAGGAACGUGCUCGGGGAACACCUGUUCGAGGAGAAGACCCCCACUGUCAGCCCCAAAACAGCGUUCACCGCCGAGGUCCUGGCGCAGUCAUUCUCAGGAGAGGUCCAGAAGCUCUCCAGCUUAGUGUUGCCAAGUGAAGUCAUCAUUGCGCAGAGCUCAAUUCCGGGAGAAGGUCUUGGCAUCUUCUCCAAAACCUGGAUAAAAGCUGGCACCGAGAUGGGUCCCUUCACUGGCAGGGUCAUUUCUCCCGAACAUGUGGAUCUCUUCAAGAACAACAAUCUCAUGUGGGAGGUUUUCAAUGAAGAUGGCACGGUGCGCUACUUCAUCGAUGCCAGUCAAGAGGAUCAUCGCAGCUGGAUGACAUACAUCAAAUGCGCGCGCAAUGAGCAAGAACAGAAUCUAGAAGUUGUGCAGAUUGGAAGCAGCAUAUUUUACAAAGCAGUAGAGACGAUACCUCCAGAUCAAGAGCUGCUUGUGUGGUAUGGGAAUUCCCACAACACUUUCCUUGGUAUCCCAGGUGUCCCUGGCACAGAGGAAGAAACGCAGAAGAAGAGUAAAAAUGAUGAGUUCCACCUGUGCGAAACCUCCUCCAACACCAUCCUCUCCACAGCCAGUCGCAUGCGCUGCGUCAUCUGCCACCGCGGGUUCAACUCCCGCAGUAACCUGCGCUCCCACAUGCGUAUCCACACACUGGACAAGCCCUUUGUCUGCCGUUUCUGCAACCGCCGCUUCAGUCAGUCCUCCACCCUUCGCAACCACGUGCGCCUGCACACGGGCGAACGCCCCUACAAAUGCCACGUCUGCCAGAGCGCAUACUCCCAGUUGGCAGGGCUGCGGGCGCACCAGAAGAGUGCCAGGCACCGGCCAUCUAGCACGGGGUCUGCUGUGGGGCUGCAGGCCCAUUCACCCCCUCCUCAGUUGGCACAGGUCCCUCACCCGGCCUCUCUAGUGCAUCACAUACCCACCAUGGUGCUAUGAGAGGGCACAAUGCACUCGACCAUCUGAGAUGUUCACAGUCUAACAGGCUGAUCUUCAGUGCUGCUGGCUCAUGUGUAGAAGUGUGUCUAUGUGGAGCCGGUCCUGUUGAAAACUCUCACCAUUAGUGGAUGCUUUGUGGUCUGCUGUCCUGGUUAUAUACAGGAGAAGGUGUGAUGAGAUAUGACGAGGAAGCCCUGCACAAACUCAGUUAUGGCAGCCCUGAAGUGAAUAUGGCUAAGGAAGGGCUGUUUUGUAUGUUCAUGUUGAAUUCUUAUCAUUGCCAGAACUACACACUUUAUUUGAUCUGGCUUAACUGAUCAAGCAUUUUAAUAUGUCAUUUAAGAUGGUCAGUAGUUAGUGUCUUAUUUUUCAUAUUUGCAUGUGACAGUAUUGUUUUUGUCACAUUUCACAUUUCAAGCCACA